AUGAGCAAAUUGUCCAUAGGUGGGCGCCUUCUGAGCGCCUGCUGCCUGGUUCUACAAAUCGCUGUCAACGCUGCCAAUUGCAGUACGGGUAGCUUCCCGCCACUACUUGACGCCACGCUUGACGAGCUACGUCGGGGACUUGAUGGGGGCCAAUUCACCAGCGUGGACCUGACAAAGGCCUACAUUGCUCGAAUCAACGAUGUCAGCGAACAGCUGCACGCCGUCAACGAAAUCAAUCCCGAUGCCCUCAAAAUUGCUGCCCAGCUGGACCAGGAGCGCGCCAAGGGCAAAGUCGGCCCUCUGCAUGGCAUUCCCAUUCUCAUCAAGGAUAACAUUGCUACCGACGACAAGAUGAACAACACUGCCGGUUCAUUUGCUUUGAUCGGUGCCAAGGUUCCAGAGGACAGCACUGUCGCCGCUAAGCUGCGCAAGGCUGGUGCCAUCAUUCUGGGCAAGGCCAAUCUCUCGCAGUGGGCUUACUUCCGCAGCAACAAUGGUAGCUCAGGUUGGACUUCAGUUGGUGGACAAACGAUUGGAGCCUACUUUCCCGGCCAAGACCCCUCUGGUUCGUCUUCUGGAAGCGGCGUUGCAUCCUCAAUUGGUCUGGCUUGGGCUUGCCUUGGCACCGAGACUUUUGGCUCAAUCAUCUCACCUUCACAGUACAACAACCUUGUUGGUAUCAAGCCCACUGUCGGCCUCACUUCGCGAUACCUCGUGGUACCCAUUUCCGAGCACCAGGACACCGUUGGUCCCAUGGCGAGAACAGUCAAGGAUGCCGCGCAUCUGCUCGGCGCCAUUGCUGGCAAGGAUAACCACGACAAGUACACGUCUGCCAUACCCUUUGGUGACGAGGUCCCCGACUACGUCGCGGCCUGCAAAGAGUCUGGACUGAAGGGCAAGCGCAUUGGUAUACCGCGGGGCGUUGCAAAUGAAAGAGAUUUCGACCCGGCUGUUGUAAAAUCGUUUCGUGAGGCGAUUGAGAUUUUGCGGUCUAGCGGCGCGGUUAUCGUCGAAAACAUUGAUUUUCCCGGGGUCACCAAGUAUCGUUCUGCCAACGACAUCGUCCUCAAGGCUGACUUUUUUACGGGCUUACCGGAGCUGUACCUCAAGAAUCUGGUCACAAACCCAAAUAACAUCCAUUCUCUUGCGGACCUACGAGAAUUUACACACCAGGAUUCUAGAGAGGACUGGCCAGAGCGAGACACGGGAGUCUGGGAUUCGGCGCUGGAGCGGGGUUACGGAAAUGAUUCGCCCCAGUUCCAGCAGGCGUACAAAGAGCAGCUACUCUACGCCGGCCAGGAGGGUCUGGCUGGUGCUUUGAAGAACCACUCGCUGGAUGCCGUAUUUGCGCCUUCAGCCAUUGCAUCGAAUUUGGCUGCUCCUCUGGGUCACCCCGCCAUUACGCUGCCAAUUGGCCGUAUGCCUGAAGGCACGCUCGUGACUCAGAACGACUUUGGAAACCUGAAUGCGACGAGCCCUAACCAGCCAUUUGGUGUUGGGUUUGCGGGUGAUCAUUUUAGUGAGGAAGCUCUGAUUGGCAUGGCUUAUGCUCUGGAGCAGCAGACGCAGGUGCGCACCAAGAUUGAGCCGAUUGUCGUUCCCAAGACGGAGCUGAAAGAUGUAGUGGGAAAGUGA